GCUCGUGAGGGGAAGAGCUGUAAACUCCACGUCUCAUAAACUCACGGGAUUUAUCAUGGAUAACACGUUUACUUUACUCUUAAGAAGUCUGUGACGUCUAGAGUUAAGAGUGUGCGCAUUCUUCUUCAUUCGGUGCGUGUGCGUUGAAGGAGCCGUUAAUAAUGUUCCGUUUGUUGUCGCUGGCGGCGGCGGAGCGCGGCAGACAGAAGCAACGGCUCGAGCUCACUGUGGCGGGAAUCUGUGAGCUCGAGAUGCUCAAGCAGCGGCACGAGACAAUGAUCAUGAGCGCGCUCACGCUGCACGCGCCCGAACCCGAAUCACACGGUCCGAUCCGAACCGCCCAGGACGACUCGAACCCGGACACCUCAUGGAGUCUGAUGAACAUUCUGCAGCAUCAGGUUGAAGAAUUGAGGAUGGAUUCUGAAAGCUGCUCAUUGGAGCCCCCUUCUGAAGGGCCAGACAAUCCACCCAGCUCAGGUGAUGUGAUUGUUGGCAAUCGUGAGGUGGUCCAGAAUGGUUGCGUUCAUGCAAUGGUUCCUCGUUCUCUCUCUGCACCAUACCCCCCACUAGAGGGCAUCAGCGAAUACGAGUUGUGGCCGUGGCAGACCAGUGAGGGCAUAGAAGAGGAACCGACGGCAGAGGACUAUAGACAGGCACAGCGCGUGGAAACGUACAUCAUAGGAUUGAUCCAAAGGCGCUCACUUCCUCUCAGACCCAAUAAGCCACGCACGAGUCUUGGACCUGAGAGCAGAGGUGUUGUCAGGCAGAGCAGUCUGUGUCAUAAAGACCCUCCCUACAGCCCAGAACACCACAAGUCCUCGCCAAGUCCGGAGAGAUGUGCGUGGGCUUGCCACAGCCUGGACGAAGAGCAGCAUUCAGUCCGGUAUUCCAGGUCUGUGCUGGCUGGGAUUCGCUCCACCUCUCUGGAUUUUCCUUGUGGCGCUUUGGACCCCAGUAACAGUGAAGCAGAAUCUGCACAAAAGUUUCACAGCUACCAUCACGCCCAAUCGCCGUCCUCUGAUAGGCUGGUAAACGCCCAGUAUAUCCCUGCACAACCCUGUCGUGCUCAAGCCAGAGCAGCAACGCACCGGACGCAUGUCGCCCCUAAAGCCACUUGUGGCGCGUACUCGCCCGAGAAGGCGCUUGCAAAGCAGAGAGUCGCGCUGAAGAAGUGUCGCUUCACAGAGGAGAAAAUCGCACCAAAGAAACCAGGCCGCAAAGCCUGCCGUGCCCAAUCAGAAAACAGCCUGCUGGGACAGAGAGGAGUCACAGAACGUAAAUAUAACACAGUCGAGCGGGACGCAGAGCGUAAUGCACAGCCCAAACCACACAGAGCACAAGGCGGCUCGGGUCACCGGCGCUGGCGCUCCACAUUGGAGUUGAGUCAAGAUGAGGCGGAGCCACCGCCUGAACAACCAAUCAGACGCUCCCGUAAACCUCGCCCCACCCCACCUCCCUGUCUCUCGCAGCACCAUCCUCAGCCUCACGUCCGCGCCGAGUACCCGCCACGCGCCGGCGAAUCCGAGUCUAGUCUGAGCGAGGCAGAGUCGCCCGGGUCGAUCUCGCUGUCCAGUGACACAGAUGAGAACGGUGGGUUAGUAUGGCCGCAGCAGCUCCCACCACAGCUGGCCCCACCCUCGACACCCAACCUGCCCGAAAGCACGCUGCAGCCCAAAGCCUUCGUCAAGAUCAAAGCCUCGCAUGCGCUCAAGAAGAAGAUCCUGAGAUUCCGAACGGGAUCACUUAAAGUCAUGACCACCGUUUGAGUGACAAGGUUUAAGGAGAUACACAAACAUAAACAAUGAGGAUGGGUAAAAGUACUUAGUGCGAUCAUGAAAAUCACGAAAUCACACCUAGUAUUAAGAUGCAUUUCAGCUGAUCCAAUCACAUGUAGACCGACCUGUAUACUAGGACUGGGUAUCGACUUCUCAGUUUGAUUCAAUUCCAAAUCACGAAAAUUUGCACACGCAUCAGAAGUGGCGAAAAUGUACAUCUGAUAUGGGUUUCAGAAUUUGGUGUGGCAAAAUGGCUCGAUAGCGCCACCUACAAACUUUCAAAGAUGUGUGCUUUACGCUACGUUUCACCUACAUGUGCGAAAAUCAGUACACAUGUGUAACAUGUCAGUGCCUACAAAAAAGCCUCUUGGAACCCAUGCCCAAACCCAACAGGAAGUCAGCCAUUAUGAUGUUUCUUUUCAAUAUGUGCUCAGUUUUUGCCAUUUCCAGGCCUCGUACUUUAAUGAACUCCUCCUAGGGCUUUCAUCAGAUCUACUUCAUAUUUGGUGGUUCUAAUCUAAAGGUCUUGGCGAUGCUACAUUGCGAAGCUUUUGAGUUUUCACAGCACGGUGUGUCCGUGACGGUCUGACAAAUUUGAUGUUUCGCCAUGAAACAGGAAGUUGUUAUAACUCAUACAUACAAUGUCCAAUCUGCCUCAAACUUCACAUGUUUGAUAAUCGUCCCGGCCUGAACACUUCUAUAUGCCAAUAUUCAGUUAUAGUCAUAGCGCCACCUACUGGCAACAGGAAAUGACAUGAUUUACACUGUGAUACACUCUUAACGACAUUUAAGUGCUAACAAAUGCACAAAAAAAUUCCCCUGGCACAGCAGCCCCAACGUGUACCAGGUUAAUCACUGCUUGCAGAUUUAAUUUUGUCUUGUUUUCCUGUAACAAUACUUGAGAAGUAAAAUGACGAGACAUUUUAGGCCGUAUUUUAAGAGUGCUGAGUUAUAAGUCAAUGGGCAUGGUCAUGAAGUUUUGGUAUUUCCGUGUAAGUCUAGGCGCAAGUGGGUUUGGCGAAAGUGUACGUGCACAAUGCACUAAUGGGCGGGGUCAAGUGCUAUUUAAUUUGGAGGUUUGGCUCCACCACUAUAGUCCAUUUCCUGUCAAGCACCAGCGAUAUAAACAAAGUCAGCACAUUCAUGAGGAGCUGGACGUGUAAAUGGACUGUAUGCAAUGAACUAGAUGAAUACAAAUAUGGACUUUUUGUGCAUUAACUGCGUCCUUGUUGAAUGUCAGGCAUAUUUCUAUUACAGUGACGCGCUCCUUUUUAACGCAUGAAAAGUGUGGUUCACGUCAGGAUAUGGAUUUACACUCCAUUAAAUCAUUGAGAAUGUAAGUAUUAUUAUUCAUUUUCAUCUGCUGAUAUAGAAAUCAUGGCUAGUGUUAACAGUGAUUGUAUCAGGACGCACUUCACCGGUUUUAAAUGGUUUUUAAAUUGAAUAAAUUUAUUGAAACACGAAAAAAUUUUACCAAAAUUAUUUCUAAAUUCAAAGGACACUUUAUUCAAAAUGAAAAUAUAAUGAAGUGGUCAAUUAAGUCACAACAAAUCCAAACAUUUUACCCUCUCCAACUUUCAUCAGCCUCUUUAGCAUUGACUUAAAAAUCACUAUGACAACAGGUGGAAAAACACCAAUACAAAUGAAAUCAUAUAAACAAUUGUAAAUACUACUGAAAAAUAAACCAUGACCUAAAGAUAGUUUUUAACACAAAUCUCAUUCAUAUUUGUUUCAUAAUUGUCACAGACAUAAUUUGAUGUAUUUUCAGAGUUUGGACGUGAACUUUAUCACCAUCUGCUGGUGAAAUCUCCAAACUGGAAAUGCAGGAACUGAGUUUAGACUUGGUGCUGAGAACAGAGCUGCUUCUGACACGUCUCAGUGCAAUGAACUAUUUCUCAGGAAAUUAGCAAAUACAUUAACAUACAAUACACCCACAGUUUGCACGCAUACACCCACAGAUAGCGCAAACACUCCCACCAAUGCCCACUUCGCAAACACUCCCACCAAUGCCCACUUGCACUUUGCGUUGGCACGGAAAUUGCGCUCUCACGGAAAUUAGAUCACACGUUGUACAAGGUCAUAGCACGUUGUUUUAAGCAUAAUCGUUACUACAUUUUGUCUGAUUUCUCUGAAAACAAGACUUCAUGUUUUAAGGAAUUUUAGAUAUUUUUACUGGAGAAAAAAAGACAAAAAUAUUUUUUUUGCAUUUCAGUUUAAAUUAUUUUGCUUGCAUACAAAAUCAUUCACAACAGAGCCCAACUAAGCAGAUCAAUUGCUAUUUAUUAAACACGUAUUAUAAUAAUAAACACAACUAAACGUAGACUUCAAAGCAAAACUCAAAGAUCGAUCUCUGGAUUGUUGGAAUCAAUAUCGGGAUUGUUCAAAUGAAGAUGAAAAUGUAUAUUUUUACUCUACUAAAUACAGGUGUAAAUAUGUGUCUUUUCCAGCCGCAUUCAGCGGUCAGAAACGCCUGUGACCUCAUCACGUUGUGUCCCGAUGUGACACAUCGCUAACCUGUCAAUCAAAGCACCACCCACUCACCUGUCAAUCAAACACUGCUCUAAAACAAGAGUUUCCCGUUUAAACUCGUGCUAAUCAACAUUGUUUCACUGACCUCACGGUCAGUAGCGCUGUGUGUAUGAUGAUGUCACACCUGUAAUGUCUGUAUUUUUGAAUGUAAUCUGUAAAUAAAUACUUGUGACCACGUCUGCAAACGCCUUGAGAUGAGAUCAGCUUCUGUCUGGAGAGAUUCGUAGAGUUUCACGAGUUUCUUUUUUUACAAACGCACUGAGGCACAUAAUCUUUCUCCAUUCUUAUUUAUUUAUUAUUACAUUUUUUGUAAAUAUUUUGCAACACAAACGGUCAUGCUCAAAUGCUGGACGGAGUUAAUGAUACAAUUAAAGGGACAGUUAAUGGCAAAUAACAUUGGAGACAAAACAAAGGAAUAUUUCAUCCAAAACUGAAAUUAUUUUACAUUUAAUUCGAAACCUGUUUGACUUCCUUUCUGUGCAACACAAAGGAGAUGUUUAGCAGAAUGUUUGCAAAAAUGUAUUUUAAGUCAAGACAUUUUUAUUUGUAUAGCACACAUCAUAUCAAAGCAGCUUUACAGAAAAUUAUGCUUUAACCCGUUAAGCUCGGAUUGACCCACGAGAAAAAGAAAUAAUCGUUAAAAUAUUAGUGACGACAAUCUUGAGCAACACAAAAUCGGUUUCGUUAGAAAGAUUAGAAGCUCCAAUGCAUGUAACAUUAUGACCAAAACGGUACAUAUUAUUGUAAUCAGUAAAAACAUCAAACUCAUCAAAUAUUCAUGUGUCAUAUGUUGUUGGAAAGCUCUUAAAGAGUAAAAUACAACCAGAAUAUUUGUUUUACUCACAGACUGAAAUAUAGCGAGUAACAGCUAAAUAUAUGACUUUGACAAGUAUGUUGGUGUCGCUUAUAUGCCGCGUUUUGACUUGUAACUUCAAGAAAAAUCUGCGGAACAUAAAAUAUCACAUAUGAUUAUUUAGAGUCUGUGAUUAUCUUUCAAUCGAGUCCACACACAAGAUAAUCAGAUGUAUAGAUCAUUAGAUAAUCCACAUGAAGCACAAUGUUACAUAUGACCACCAGGAGAUGGCGCCAAAUACACGACACAGACUCAAUGAUGACUCAAAUGACACAGAAUGAAACUCAUUCUGUGAAAUCUCAUGACUAAAAUCAUGUCUGCAUGCUAUGCAAACCUUUAGUCAUUGUUGUGUUUGCAUGUGUAAUUAGUUCUUAUGUACAAUUAUUAUCUUUUAUUUGUUUGGAGAUGUUUUUGGACACUAUGAUACAUUAUAUUUGUAAUGUUGGAACUUUUGAUUGAUUUCUCGAAUCAACACAAAAUCUUUCUCAGAUACAGUCGACAUGAUUGGAAAUGAAACAAAAGUUUUUCGAAACCACCUGAUGUACACCCAGAGAUAUAUAUAACGUAAAAUAUGUAAAAAAGUAACGUU